UAUUUCCUUCCAUCUUAAUAAGGUCACGUGUUUGUUAGUGGUGCUGCUGUACACAUGAUAGCAUCCGCUGUCAGCAAAAAAAAAAACUGUGGGGCACUUCGGAGAAACAUUUAAGCAUCAUUGCUUCCUAAAGGUGACACAAAGGCUCCUGGAUGCGUGAGGUCACGAUCUCCCGUUUCACGGUGAGCGAGUGAAAGGCAACACUGAGGAGCCCAGGAAGACUCAGAGCUGCGCGUUUGAAGCAAUCGCUCCAGCCCUUCUUCAGGACAAAGAUGGAGAACAGGGGAAGUGUUCGGCCUUUUGUGAAUUUCAAUGCGAAACACGAUGCAGAACUUCUCCAUAAAGCCAUGAAAGGAAUCGGUACAGAUGAAGACGCCAUCCUCAUGCUUCUGACCUCCCGCAGCAACGAUCAGCGCCAGCAAAUUAAGGCGGCCUACAAAAAGGCCUACGGAAAGGACUUAGUUGGUGCCCUGAAAUCUGAGCUGGGGGGUCUUCUUGAGAACCUGAUCGGUGCAGGCACUGAUGAUCAAGUGCUGAUCGAGAUCCUGGCCUCCAGGACUGGCCAACAGAUUCAAGACAUCAUCAAAAUGUACAAGAAAGAGUUGGGGGGCAGACUGGAGAGGGACGUGUGCGGUGACACCAGAGGGAGUUACAGGCAGCUGCUGCUGCUGCUGCUGCAGGGGAACAGAGACGAGGGAAUAGAUGAGGAAAAGAUUGAGAAGGAUGCCAAGAUCUCCGGCUCUGAUAUAGAGGACAGUAUUAAAGGAGAGACCACUGGAAAUCUGGAGGACUUACUCCUGGCUCUUGUGAAAUGUAUGAGGAGUGUCCCCGGCUUCUUUGCUGAGAAUCUCUAUAAAUCUAUGAGGCGAGCUGGAACUGAUGACGAAACUCUGAUGAGGAUCAUGGUGUCCAGGAGUGAGGUGGACAUGCUGGACAUCAGAGAAAGCUUCAAGAGGAUGUACAAACAGUCUCUGUACUCCACCAUCCAGGAGGACACGGCUGGAGACUACCAGAAGGCGCUGCUGUACCUCUGCGGUGGGAAUGAUUAAUGCUGAGCGAUGGGCCUGAACACACAAGAUGAAAAUAUUGAUCCAGAGUCCUCCUUCCUGACUUUAGCGUGCUGUUGAUUGAGUUAAUGUGAAUUACCCUCAUGUCAGUUUGACUGAGGAUGGCAUUUGUAGCAUGAAUAUCACUCACAAAGCUUACAAAGUUUACGGUUUGUGUUUGAAAUGAGGCAUUAAUUAAACAAAAAAGGUGACUUUUCACCAUUUAGUAAAGUUUUUUUGUGUUCUUAAUAAUUGACUCACUUCAGAUCUGGUUUAUACUAAGACUUCCAGUGAUUUACACACUGUGUAUGUGUUAAGUGGA